AGGCACACUGAAGUCAACCAACCGCUGUGGAUGGGUGGGAUCAGCCCGAACAGUCUGGUAGCCACGUAGCUAGCUAACAGCGUUAGCGGUGUAGCUAACGUCAGCGCAGUGAACGUCACAAUGGAAUUGCCGCAUCAUGGUUACCGAGCAACUAAACCAAGAGCCCGUGCAGCUCCACCCACAGCAGAUUCUGUUCUGUUUGACGACACCAGCUCUGCAGCACCAGCAAUGAACAGUCAGGCAUACUACACUCCUGGGUACAAUAUGGGACCCACAAAUGACAUGCACGGAGGUACUGGAGUGGACAACCUGUUUACUGACCCAAUGGCCAAUGCUGCAAUCAUGUAUGGCUCCUCAUUAGCCAGCCAAGGAAAGGAUAUGGUAAACAAAGAGAUCAGCAGAUACAUGUCUGUGAACAAGCUGAAAUACUUCUUCGCUGUCGACACCAGAUAUGUAUUGAAGAAGCUUAUGAUCCUCAUGUUCCCUUAUACACAUCAGGAUUGGGAAGUUCGUUACCAUCGGGACACUCCACUGACUCCAAGACAGGAUGUGAAUGCACCUGAUCUUUACAUACCAACAAUGGCUUUCAUAACCUACAUUUUACUUGCUGGAAUGGCCCUUGGCAUUCAACAAAGGUUCAGUCCAGAGGUUCUUGGACUGUGUGCCAGCACUGCCCUUGUGUGGGUCAUCAUCGAGGUCUUGGUGAUGUUGUUCAGUUUGUACCUGCUGACAGUACACAGCGAUCUGUCAACCUUUGACCUUAUUGCCUACAGUGGAUACAAAUAUGUUGGGAUGAUCUUCACAAUGUUGUGUGGCUUAGUGUUUGGCAGUGAUGGUUAUUUUGUGGGCCUUGCCUGGUCCUCUUGUGCCCUUAUGUUCUUCAUUGUUCGAUCUCUGAAAAUGAAGAUCCUUCCCUCUCUCUCCUCGGACUCCAUGGGAACUGGAUCAAGUGCCAAACCUCAGUUCCGCCUUUAUAUCACUGUGGCUGCUGCAGUCUUUCAGCCAGUCAUUAUAUAUUGGUUAACCUCUCACUUGAUCAGGUGACCUUGAGGCAUUUAAUAACCUGAAAUCCAAGUGUAUUGGACCCAAGAAAUGUGGUAGUUGCUGUGCUUGUACACCUGCCUUUAUAUGCUCUUUUGUCAGUACACUCAGAACAUAUGUGUCAGUGUUGAAUUGCAGCGUGUGUUGAGCCUGUCAGACGAACAUGUUCGUAAUGCAGUGGUUUCACUGAUUUAAUCACAAAGUUUGGUACAGAAAAUGUUUCACUGGAAGACUUGUCUUCCCGCCUGAGUGGACAAUGAUGCUGACAAAUGCUUUUUUGGGUCAUCUAGUGUGGUAAAGAAGGGCUUUCAUUGUGAAAUUUGUUUAAAAAUAACUCAGUUUAAAUAUCCUUUUUGUAAAAUGUUUCUGGACAUGUUUUCCAGUAUUUAUGUCACACAGUACAAACCACACAGACAGCAAUGCGCAUUACACCCAUGAUUCGAGUGCCACUUUUCUGGAAUAGUAUUGUUGCUGCAUUAUCUCCCUUUCUCUUGUAAGUCCGGGAUUUUAUUUAUCUACAUUUGACAAAAUAUGACAAUGUUUGGAUUUUUUGUAGAGAAAAAAAAUAAAUAUAUUUAGCUUUGUG